CGCUUCUCUGCAGGCGGCUGGGAGCUGAGGGUGGGACCCAGAGCGCAGCCGGAGGUCGGGGUCCCCGUCAUGGCCACUGCCAAGCCUCCCGGGCGUGGUUGUGGAGCCCUGCCCCGGUGGCUGUUCGGUGCUGCGCUGCUUCUGGGCCUACGGCUUUGCAUGGAGUUGCGCCACGCGGGCUCGGGACCCCCGGGACGCGGCGAUUCCCCAGGGCUACCCCGGACACACCUACUGUCGGCGCCCGGCCCCCCGCGCGGAACCAGAAGGAGGCAGGUGACCUACGUGCGCAGUGGGCGUCGAGUGCUGCCCCGGGGUGGCGGGAGCACGACGCCCCCAGAGCCGAGCUGCUGUGCCCAGAGCGGGCUUCCCCGCAGGAAGGGUUCCCGAUGGCACAUAGAGCUCCAGCCAUGGGCAGGCCCUUCUCGGUCCCUGGACGAAGAGGCCUCAAGGUUCCUGAGCUACAUCAGUACCACUCAGAUUGCAUGCGAUCACAUGGGUACAGACAGCUUUGCUACUGACUCCAUCCCUGCACCGAAGCCCUGGCUGGUGUGUCUCGAUGACAGGUUUGGCUUAGCUCAUCAAAUCCGCAGCAAGCGGUGCCGCCUCUACUCUUUAGGGCUGGGAAGCGAUGACACACACUUUGAGGUGAGCAUGGCCAACGGUGGAUGUGAAGUGCAUCGUUUUGAUCCGAGUGUCAAGUCAGCCCAUGUUCUGGAGCGGCAGGGCCUCUGGCAUCACCGCUUGUCCAUCGAUUGGCGGGAUCCGCAUCCAGCCGUGGCUGCUCAGAAGCCGCAGAGCAACACCAGAAAACUGGGAAGCAUUCUGAAUGAAUUUGGGCACCACAAGAUCGAUGUUCUCAAGGCAGAUCUGGAAAGUGCCGAGUGGAAAGUUCUGGAAAACCUUAUUCUGGAGGAUGUUCUUGAGCAGAUAGGCCAGCUCGUCUUCGAGAUUCAUCUCCACUGGCCCGGUUUUGAAGUUAGCGGCAGCGAGAGCGGCGUGGUGCGCUUUUGGUACAGCCUCCUGAAGGAGUUGGAGCGGAAGCACUUCCGACUUUUUCACACCUAUAAAGACUUAUCGAAACCUCAGCUUUUCCUGAAGAAGGACCUUUUCAACGCUAGCAGCUGUUAUACCUUGAGUUGGGUGAAUACAAAGUGGAGGUGAGAUGAAGCCUCCAGUUCAUACAGCACAGGUGGAUGCGUCCGUCCUUCCAGUCAUGGAGUUACGUCUCCAGUCUCCCCCAGCUUGUCACUUGCUUGAGGCAGGGCUUGGGUGAUUGUCUCUGCAGUACGUAAUGAAGCCUUGAGCUUGGAGAGAGACAGCGACAUGGGUGAAUACCUUCACUUGCUCAGACUAAGACCUUCGCCUUCUUAGCCUUGGACAGAGUGGGGGUGUGUCCCUUGGAUGUACAAAUACCCUGCACAGGCCAGCUUGUGGUUUUCUUAAAAUCCAUUAUGUAUCUACAGCUAAUGAAUUUACAUUAAAAUGAAAUUUUAUUAUUUC